UAAUCUCCGACCAGGGAGCCAAAAAUAUCUUCAAUCUUGUCCAGGUAAGUGGAGUGCUGCAGGGCAAAGACUAACACCUGUUGCCAUGGCAACCCACUCCCACCCAACCUUUGCCCCAGCUGCCUGGAGAAACAUGACCUCAUCCUCAGUGAUGACAUCAUCGCCAGCUGAUGCUUACCACAUGUGAGGUAAGACUGCUCACUGCAAAAUGCUAAGAAUUUUCUGCUUUCAUUUUACCAGUGCAGCUUUAUCUCCACUUCCCUAUUGCCUGUAGUGCCUGUUCCAUGUUUUGACAGCAAGUUGCGCAGCAGCCAUGUUUGCCUAGUCAACAACUCUGGGUUUAUGAUCAACCAGGGGACAGAACAAGGCACUGCUUUUUGCGAGGUGACGCUAACCUGGCUGCAACCUGUGUUACACUUUCAUAUACAGUGUUACACUGUUUUUCAGGGUCCUACAAGAAUUACACCAACUGAAAACAUUCAGAGAGAUCAAGACAGGCUGGUAGGACCACAUCAGCACCACGUGCCAAGAUAUCAGCACUUUUACAUUAGGACUUCCCUCUAAGAACUGCUGAGACUCCAAAUAUAGGACGUGACAUAAGGGUUGUUGUGCCCUUUCAGCUGACCCCAGCACAGUUCUGCAGGGAUAUACAACAGGAAGCAGGCAGGAAGCCCCAUCGGCACCAAACAGCUGACUGUAUCAGGCUGACUCUUACCCAGAUCAAGGCCACCAUGGCAGGGAGGCACUUUGUGGUUUUUCUCCUUGUCCAGAUGACAUUUUUCUGCACCAAGGCUGUUGGGCAAGGUGAGUGUGAUACUCAGGGAGUUGGCCCGUGUGUCUUCUGUCAAGAGGGAGACCUGAGUGGCUAUCAAGGCUCGUUGAGUUGUAUCAUAGAAGACGUUGUGUCCAUCCCGAAAUGUCUGCUGAGCGGGGUCCCUUCUUUGGACAUACUGGGUCGGCAGGAAGGACAACCUUCCGAGGGGUACCCAGAUAUCCUCCCUGCCUCGGGCCUCACCCCUCCCACCAGGAGAAGGGCACGGAUUCAGCACAUCUUGCAGCAAGACCCUCCCGAUGACAACUGUACGUUCUUCGCUCAAUUUGAUCCUGAUAACUACACGAUUUCAGCACUGGUGUUGUAUCUGAACUCCAGUGACAUCGCUGACUUCCCACAAGAUUUGCUUCAAGACUUGCUCAUGCUGGAACAUCUCGUGAUCGAAGGCUUACAGAUGCCCACCCCACCACCUAUGAAAGGGCUGAGCUCGCUGAAGACAAUAAGCAUGACAAACAAUGGCAUACAGACCCUGAAUCUUACCAAUGUCAAAGGCUUGGCUGAAGUGACGAGCAUCAAGCUUACAGGAAAUGACUUGGGAAAGAUUCCUUUCCAUGCCUUUGCUAAGAGCACUCUUGUGAAGCUAGAAGAUAUAAUGCUAGACUCUAACAAGAUCUCUGUAAUACAGGAAGAUGCUUUUGCUGGUCUGCCAUCUCUAAAAGUGCUAGACCUCAAUGGCAACGUGAUUCAAAUAUUGAACAAGGCGAUCCUACACCAGCUUGAACAUGUUGUUAAGCUAAACUUGUCGAACAAUGCGAUCCAUACACUGGAAGCUGAGACAUUCUCAGAGAUGAAGGAUUUGCAAGUGCUUGACCUGUCUCAGAACAACAUGACAUUUACAGCUGAAGCACCUGCGUUGUUAUUCGCUGGACCCAAAAAUCUGACGAGUUUGUACCUGGCUCAAAAUUUGAUCAGAGGCUGCCCAGAGGGCCUUGGAUCAGCAGUGCCCUACCUACAACAUCUUGACCUACAGAAAAACAACAUUUCUGUUUUCUCAGAGACAUUCUUGAAGGGACUGGGUUCCUUAAAAGAGAUUGACUUGUCUGGGAACCCUUUCUCGUGCACAUGCGACAUGGAGUGGUUGUUUGAUUGGUUCGAAGAAAACAGCACCUUAGCAUUUAUAAACUGGAAAGAUUACGAGUGUUACUACCCACGGCAUUCGCGCGGCGUCAACUUUGAACAUUUCAACCCGGAGGUUCUCAAGUGUGACCACACAGACCACACCCGUCUGGGACUGUCCCUCGGGAUUUCUCUCACCCUGGCUGUUCUGGUUAUCGUGCUUGCAGCUGUGCUGUACUACCAUUGCCGAUGGCGCGUCAAGUAUGGCUGGUUCGUGCUGUGCGGCAAAAAGGGCGAGCAGAUUGAACAGAAAGUUGAGGAUGAGUACUUCAAGUACGAGGCUUUUCUGUCGUACUGCAGCAACGAUCGCUGGUGGGUCAUUGACGAACUGAUCCCCAAGGUCGAGAACUGUCCCCCACCUACAUACAAGAUGUGCCUCGAUAUUCGUGACUUUGAGGAUGGACCAAAAGAUCAGAAUAACAUCAUCGCCGCGAUGGACGAGAGCCGGAAAACGAUGUUCGUCAUCUCCAGUAGCUUUCUGCGGAGCAAGCGGUGCCUGUGGGAGCUGGAGAUGUCCAAGAACAAGCGCUACGGGAAGAGCAAGGAUGACCUCAUCUUCGUGCUGCUGGAGGAGGUUCCGCAGUCCAAAAUGCCCAAGCUGCUGCAGAAGGUCAUGAUGGGAAGGAAGUAUCUGCGGUGGCCCGAGAACCCGCGGCAGAGGGACGCCUUCUGGCAAUGUCUACGUGAGUCAUUCAAGACAAACAUCUUCAAACGGCAGGGCAACAGGAUGGAGAUGCAGCAGAUAUAGACAUUAUUAAUAGCAUCUAACAGAUACAGUAUGUCCUGUAGCACUACUAACAAUUUUUGAAUGUUGACAGUAAGUUGGUAAGAAUCUAAGAUAAGGACCUAUUUCAUAAGUAACAUUAAGUUGACUAAUUUAGAUAGUUAUCUAAACAUGUAGUAUGAUGUACAUGCACUGUCAGCCCAGAAGACAAAACUUAAAACUUAACCCUAAACAUAGCAAACAUUUUGGUACCUUGAGUAAGAGAUGCCAAUAUAUUUUAACACCGUAAUGUUGGCUUGUACCUUCUGACAUGUAUGAGUGUGUUAUCAUUUGGCACAUGUUGACAUAAGGAAUGCCAAGAGAAAGAGGAAGGAAAUAUCAGUUACUCUUUUACUGUAACUCCUGAUAUCUUUUUGCUGAUAGAUAAACUGAAUGUUAAACCAUUGGUUCAUAAUAGUGCUAAAACCACUUGUUUGUUUGUUGUGACCAUAGCUGACAUAAGUAAAUAUGUGUAUGAAUGAUGUCUAGUAAAGACUUAUAAAAAAACAUGCAGAUAUAGGUUUAGUGGGUAGAGUAUUACUUUGCAUUCCAUGGCUAAGACAUGAAAGACAGAGUUGAAUGAGAUCCAAGUGACUUCAUGUAAUCACUUAAACAGCAAGAAUGUAAGGGAGUAACAAGACAGAAAUUAGAAAUACUAUUGCUAACCCAAAUUUUCUUUUAUGCCAAUGACACAUCAUCAAAGACUUGCAAUACUAUUAUUUUACUUCCUGAAUUGAAGCAAAUAUAAUGCAUGUAUUUAAAUACUUCUGCAUCUAUUUGAAACUACACUUGAAAUACUACUAGUACUUCAAAUGUCAAGAUGGACAAGGAUAUGUAGGACAUUCUAAUUUCUUGAUUCACUUAUCUAGUCUUUAAAUUAUAGGAUGCUUGUAAACUUACUUUAACAUUCAGAUUUGCAUAUACAUGUACCGUUAUUGUUUUUUGUAUUUCUGUAUAUCAUAUACUGUCUAUACAUAUAGUCAUUACUGAAUGUUUACAUUAUAUUAUGCUUAUAUAAUGUUCUAUUAUUCAAUUCUAUUCCUUGCUUAUUUCACAAUGGUAGUGAUGUAUCUAUUAGUAUAAAUCCCAUGUUGUUGGACAACAAUCAGAUGAUACAUUCCUUAAUGUAAAGAAAAAAUAUACCAUUGGAUUGACAACAUGACUUUAGAUGUGCAAUGGUGACUGAGGUGUGUCUGCAUACAACAAAAAUAAAAUUGAAGAUGCAAA